GUUUGUUUUGAGAGCGGACCGGAGAGAGAAGACUCACCAGGGAAGAUGGCGACCGCAGGGUCCGCCGAACGGCCUGGCAGACCGGCCAGCGCCGCCGCCGUCGCCGGCAAGUACCGGUCCGGGUCCCGAGCUCGGCGCGGGUCCGGGUCCGGGUCCGGGUCCAGCCCUCCGGAGAACGAGGCGAAGAAGUGCUCGGCGUGCGCGGAGGGGCAGCCCGGCGGCAGCCCGCCCUGCGGACACCCGGCCUGUCCGCUGUGCCGAGCCCAGAGACACUCCGGCAGCGGAGAGCGGUUCCGGAGGAGGAGUGACCCCGAGAGGAGCAGCAGCAGGCCGGGCAGGAGGGACUGCGACAGCCGGAAAGAGUUCUUCGUCUCUCCUGCUCUCAUCCCAAAAUGUGACGCUCCAUCAGGACCAACGGGGAAACACAAACUGCUGUUGUCUGAGGACAGAGAGGAGGUGAAGAGGAGGAACUGUAAGGACGAUGAAGAGCCUGGAGUUCUGUCAGACUCAGAGAACGAGGAGCCGAUCAGCAGGAGGAUCAGAAACAUCUCGGCCUUCGUCAGGAAAACCAAAAACUCGGUAGCCUUCACAGGUGGUUCUCGGAGGAGUCAGAGCUGCACCGACCCGGUGGAGGACCGAGGAGGGAAGCUGAAGGUCAUCGCACAGCCAGCCCUCAUGGACAGAGUCGGCAUCAGUCACAGUUACACAGCAGGAAUCCUCCUCUCCUCGGAGAACAGUCGCUCGGUCUCCGCUCCCAUCACCGCUCCUGACCGAAAGCUCACCUGGCGAGCUGUCGUCUCAUCAUCAUCAACUCCGCUGGGCCUCCCUCCGCCCAGACCGGAGCGCUCCAUCAGCCCAGAGAGCAAUGACAGCAUCUCCGAGGAGCUCAACCACUUCAAACCCAUCGUCUGCUCGCCGUGCACGCCACCCAAACGCCUGCCUGAUGGCCGUCUGGUGGAACCCACCAUUGUAAAGUCCACGCCCAGGAACCUGACCCGCGGCUUGCAGAAGGCCACCAGCUAUGAGGCCAGUCCCGCUGUCCUGCAGAAGUGGAGGCAGAUCGAACUGGACCGGCAGAGCCUCAAAGUGAACUCCAAGGCGACGCUGACGAGCCCUGUCAGCGAGCUCCACAACAAGAACGGCGGGGGUGAGGACGCAAAAACCCAUCAGUCGCUGGCGGGACAGGAUGGAGACGGAGUGACGUCUGUCAACAAGAGGAGGCUGCUGUUCGACCCCCCGGCCGUAGACAUGGACACCUUCCAGAAACAGUCCGUAAAGAUCCGGGUCCCUGCAAUCCGCUACAGCAGUGAGGCGACAUUCAGAGGAAGUUCGGACUUUGAGCCGGCAGUCGGCGCUCCUGAAUCCUGCAGUGGAGGAGGAGCGCUUUUUAGUCGGAAACAGUCGUUCUCACCGUACACUAAGAACUCUGGGUUCCAGUCGUGUAAAUUAGUGCCAAAGGACUCUCAGAGUCCAAGGAAGGAGUCCGACAGUAGCCUCCACAACCAGUCUACCUCAAGGAGGGGCAAGAAGCGGGAACAGAAGACCAAACACCUGGACUCAGAGCGGGACUCAGACCUGAAAAGGAGCCGGUCGGUCAGCCAGGAGGCCUUCGACGAGCGGUACAUCCAUCAGAUCCAGCAGGAGCGUCAGGACCGAGCGCUCGCCCUGAAGCUGCAGAGACAAUUCGACCUGGAGAACCAGACCGCCAACCGCCGCAGGAGCCCCAACAAGUACUUCCUGCGGUCCUGGAUGUCCAAUCAGAACCGCAGGAGGCGCGGCCUAAGGAGAUCACGACGAAUCAACAAGAAGCACUAGAGAGGAGUCGUCUGCUGACUCGGCACAAAGACAGACAGAACGUGGUUCAUAUAUGCAAAGUGACAAACGGUUUGAUGCAAAGUAUGAAUGUUUUUACACGACAACAGUGAAACUCUGUUGAGGAAGGAGGUUAUAAACUCUGAAACAUUUCCUCCAAACGUCGUUUCUUUUGAUCUGUUCACCAGCAAAUCACCAAAAACUGAAUGAAAAUCAGCUGCAGCCUAAAAUCUGAACUCUCAUCACGUCUCCGGAGGACAAACGAACUUUCCAUAGAUUCAGUUCAUUUACCAAAAAUCCAGACUGACUCAUACAACCAGAUUGUGGCUGUAAAAUCAACUUACACAGGGGCAACAUGCAUUAACACCUUUCACACCUAUGGCCGGUCCCUGUUGACUCUCCCCAGACCCAGAGACCAUCUGGGUGCAGACCUGGUCCAGGUCUUCUGUGUGUCGGUCAGGUUGUUUCAUUAAAGAACGUCCACAACGAGUUGAACAUGGACGAAACGAUCGGAGCUCCUAACACAGCAGCUUCAGAUCGUAUAAUCUGGGGCUUUAGGGGCCACUGAGGGUCUGAGGCUUCCUGCCAGACGUCUGAGGCCACUGGAGGUCUGAGGCCAUCAAUGGUUUUAGGCUUCAGGGGCAACCAGAGGUCUGAGGCUUCAGGGGCUGCCAAAGGUCUCAGGCCUCUUAAAGUCUUAGACUCCAGGGCCCAGUGGAGGCCUCCAGAGUUGUUAGGUCACUGGAGGUCUGUGGCUUUAGGGGCCACCAAAGGUUGAGGCUUUAGGGGCCACUAUCUGUUGUUACUGGGACCCCUCUGCAGGUGACAGUCUUCCAGUCUGAAUGUUUGUCAGACAGUCUUUGAACAUGUUGAAGCUGUGGACUCUGCUCUGUGAGCGCUGAGGCUCAUGGGUACUGUAGUCCUUUAGGAGUCCACAGACUGAACAGGAGGCGGAUCAGGAGACAGGAGUCAGUUUGGUGUUUGGGGUCAGGAUGGAAACAAACGGGACUCAACCUGUAGGAGGGGGAGGAGUCAGUGUUUUAACGCCUGAGGCCGCAUUCACAUUAUUUGAUUCAUGGAAACAAAAACACAAUCAGAUCUAACCUGGAAAGUUCUGGAUCAGGACCUCCAGGAUUCACCUGGUUAAUUCACGCUGAAGAUAAUCUGGACACACGAUGAUGACACAGGAAGCAAAUGUGGUUGUUCAAACUGUUUAACAGCAGUGAAACAGAUGAGGAAGGAAAACACUUUAGGACAUGAACACAAUUAAAAUGAAUAUCGUCUCUAAGGCAGCAGAAUUCAGAUCCUUCAGUAGAGUCCUGAUCUCUCAGAGUAACAGCACUGCAGGCUUUAUGAUUAAUAUACAGCAGGUGGUAAUGACUGUAAAGUGUUGCUCUGUUUAUUAAUGUAAAAUAAUCAGUCUCAUAAAGAUGAACUACAAAAGCUCAUGUCACCAAUUUGAUGGAAAAAAUACACUUUAAAGCUAUAGUGCGUAACUUGUGUCACCUCCCAGCGGAUAAUGCGUUAUUACAACUAAUAAGCCGGCAGCACUUCCAUGUACACAGAGUAACACUCGCCAGUCGCCACACGCUGUACACAGAAUAACACUUGGCUUUGUGGUAGGAUCCACUUCUGCACCGUGUCUCGGCCGCUUCUCCACCAUGUUGCUUUCUCUUUCUACCUGCGCUCUACCUCGCCGCUCUUCCUCCCCCUCCCAUCUUGUUGUGAGGAAGCAUUUCCUGUGUGCCAGCGCGGAAUGUCGCCGGUCUACAUGCAUACUAAAAAUGAUAUAUAUUGAAAAAUACCGGGAGAUGUUAGAGGAGCUGAUCGGCUUAAUCAGCAUUGUGUCAUCUCGUCUAGUAGUGGCUUGGGUGAAACGGACAUUUACGGACCUGUAGAAGUUACGCACUAUAGCUUUAAUUCUUUGUAAUGAGACAUUUCCCCAAAAUAAUGACAUCAUCUCUCAAAAUGAGGUAGAUCUCAGGCUGAGUUCACACCUGCUCUGUUCGCUUCAGUUCAGUCAAACUCAGGUGUGUUUGCCCCCUCAGCGUGGUUCAUUUGUGCAGGUGUGAACACACCAAAACAACCGGACCGAGACCUUCUUGAAGAGGUGGUCUCAGUCUGGUUCCAAAGGAACUCUGGUGCGGUUGGUUUGUGGUAAGAAGGUGUUGCGACCUGGAUGUGAAGCAACUGCAGUCACAUGACACAUUGUUUGGGUUAAACAUGAGCAUGUUACAGUCCUGGAGGAUUAUUAAUGUGCACCUCCUCCUGUACUGCCUUAAUAUGCACAUUCAGCACAUCCAAUGCAUCAAAACAUUGUUUUCUAGUUGGAGCCGCGUUUGCCUCGUUUUCAAACUGUAUGCUUUGACUAAAAUGAACAAUGACAGCAAUAUAGUCCACGAUGAGCAGCGCUAAAAUCAACCUGCGUAGUUGUCCCUCCAUUGUGACAUUAGAAAGUGUCACAUUUAUCUUGCAAGUGUACUCUUCUUCAGCGUUUGCUUUACUUCCUGGAUUUUUCCCACAUGGAAAUUCUGACCAAUCAAGAGCAGCUUUCUCACACAAGGCAUUUGAUCUGGUCCUCUUGUAAAUGCUGCCGUGAGAACACCAACCAACUCUAGGCAAUUACACAACUUUGGAACAACAUGAGUCCCUGAUUCAGACCAGAGGAGACCACUCUAGGGCUGACAGCAGCCUGAGGUAACUAUAUCUCGAAACAGUGGCGUGGUUGUAAAAAUGAGUUCCUGUAUCAGAAUGAAAGACCAGUAUGUCAAAGUAAUGAGUGAUUAUCUCAGAAUGGGUUUGUAUCGCCCAACAAUGACGUAGUUUCUCAAAAAUAAUGUGUUCGUAUCUCAAACUAGUGACAUAAUAGUUAUAUUGGUAUCUUGAAACAAUGAAGGUCAGAAAUGAGUUAGUAUCUCAACAAAGAAACUGUCUAAAAACUAAGGAGUCACAAUAAGGGAGUGUUAGCAUGUCAAGAAAAUGAGUUUGUAUUUUGUUCAAAUCUGUAUCUUGAAAUCUUGAUGUAGUGUUUCUGAAUAAUGAGUCAGUGUCUUAAAAAUGUGAAACAAUAUUUAAUCUGAGGCCUUUUUCAGAGAGUUAUUAAUAUGAGAAGGUUUCUCUAUACUUUAAGAUUCUGUGUUUUCAGAUACCAACUCUUUAUUUUGAGAUACGUUGUCAUUUUUAAAAAAUACUUCUUCGUUUUGACAUAGGAACUCUUUUUGAGAUAUUAAGUCAUUAUUUCAAGAUGUCAUUAUAUUGAGAUACUUAAUCAUUUUUAGAUUCUACGUCGUUACUUUUAGAAACUUCGUCGUCACUCUGAGAUAACACGUGGUAACGUGUUCAGUAUGUCGUGCUGCAGCGCGGCGCCGUAGGAGACGUCCUUACUUCCAUGGUUUCCUCUGUGAUGUGAAUGCGGCCUCGCUCCAUCAGCUGUUCAUCAUGUCUUUUACAUUCCUGCAGUUUAUUUCUUCUUUCUGUUAAAGUUGUGAAAUCAUCAGGAGGAGGGGACUGUUCUGAUUUGUGAGAUGAGUAUUAUUAUUAUUAUUAUUAUUAUUACGAUUAUUAUUAUUAUUAUUAUUAUUAUUAUUGUGUGUUAUUGACAGAGUGUUUCUCUUCAGAGACUCUGAAGGGCUUUUUUUUUUUUUUACUGACGCCACAUGAGCUUUACUCUGUACAACACUGAUAUGCACAUUUUAUAAAGUUGUACUUAAGUGUUGAGGAGUGUGUGUGUUGGGGGGGGUCAGGGUGGGGAAGGGGGGGUUAACGCUGAGUGCCAAAUGAUCAGAGACUCUCUGAUGGACCAUGUUAAUUAUUCAGUAGUUUUGUAUGAGAGGAGAUCUGUGGCUGCUGAGACCAAGAAAA